CUGGCAACAUUUUGGCCUUGUCCGUAGUUUUCGUAUAUUGGUGUUGUGGAAGAAAGGCAUCAUGGGGCGGAGACCUGCAAGAUGCUAUCGCUACUGCAAGAACAAGCCGUACCCCAAAAGUCGGUUCUGUCGUGGUGUGCCUGACCCCAAAAUUAGGAUUUUUGACUUGGGCCGCAAGAAAGCUGACGUCACUGAGUUCCCGCUCUGUGUCCAUCUUGUGUCGGAUGAAUAUGAACAGCUGAGCUCAGAAGCUCUUGAGGCUGCUCGUAUCUGUGCCAACAAGUAUUUGGUGAAGUACACCGGCAAAGAUCAGUUCCACAUCAGGAUUAGAGUCCACCCCUUCCACGUGAUCCGCAUCAACAAGAUGUUAUCGUGCGCUGGGGCUGAUAGGCUCCAGACUGGAAUGAGAGGCGCUUUUGGCAAGCCGCAGGGCACAGUUGCUCGUGUCAACAUCGGACAGCCCAUCAUCAGCGUGCGCUCCUACGAUAAACAUAAGGCUCAUGUUGUCGAGGCUCUCAGGAGGGCCAAGUUCAAGUUCCCCGGCCGUCAAAAGAUUUUCGUUUCUGGGAAGUGGGGCUUCACGAAGUACGAACGCCCCGACUACGAGAAGAUGCUAGCGUCAGGCCAUAUCAAGUCUGAUGGUGUCAAUGUCAAGUAUAUCCCUGAGCACGGUCCACUAAUUAAGUGGAAGCGUACGCAGCUCCAGCUUGCUGGCAUGGCCUAAUGUGCAUCCGCGGAAAUUUCUGAAUAAAGAUCACCCGCGC